CUACGUCAUUGCGCUUGGAGACAGCAGACUAGAAGAACCAAAACAAUGAGAUUUACAUUAUCUCGCAAACAACUCUUUAACAUUCGGCCUUAUUAGGAACAAAUAGAGUGAUCAGGUGGGAUGUUGCAAUUCCUAUAAAAGUUACCAACCCCUAAAGCCAGUUUUUAGUCCCAUUUAGUGCUUGGCGAGUGUUCAUUUUGGACCUUGCCUGCAGGACUGAACUGACAUGAUCUGCUGAUCGGUCCCCCUCCUCUAGAAUAAUGCAUCAUCAGUAAAGAUGGGAGGCAGCGGGUCCAAAACUAAAGGAGUCUGGCCUUUUAGCAGCUCAGGAGCUGGUGGAGAUCCUCCCGGUGAGGUCACUGAACAGUGUUUAGCGCGUCUGAAAGGCUUCAAGAAUGCCACACCAUUUGUCUUCACAAGGAAAAGUUCCUUGUAUUUUGAUGAAGAUGGCGAUCUUGCUCAUGAGUUUUAUGAGGAGACUGUGGUGACCAAGAAUGGCAGAAAGAAAGCCAAGCUGAAAAGAAUUCAGAAAAACCUCAUACCUCAGGGAAUCGUUAACUUGGAUCACCCCCGAAUCCACGUGGACUUCCCUGUCAUCCUGUGUGAAAUAUAAGCAAACAGACUCUUUAGGAAGUGACACGGCUCUAGGAGCGCCACAAUCACCCUCGAGUCUCGACUUCCUUCCACCUCUGCCGUUCCUCUGUAAGGACACCCCGUGGCUCUCUGUUACGACAGGGAGGGCGUUUGCCCUUCAUCUGGCUUUGACCAAAAAGUUGAAUCAUAUUUUCUAAUUUGCAUUCUGGUGUAUAGACAGCAGACGUACGUCGUCCUGUCUUCUGUGAUGUACAGUAGGGAAUGCAUGUGCAAUGAGAGUGUGUAAGUAAGGAACCUAAAGCUAUGCAGGGAUUGUACAUAAAUCAUGUGUUUGUUAAUGUCGACCAAUUGCAGUGCGUGUUUAUCGUUUUAUUGUAUAUUAUAAUAUUCUGUUGUAUCAAAGUCUGUCUCUGUUUGUUGGGCCGCAACCCACAUCUGCACUUGUAAUCAUUUAAUGUACAGUAAAUUAUGAGUUAAUAUACUUGAAUAAAAUGGUUUAGCAGAUUA